AUGAAACCAGCUGAAACCCAACCUGAUGUACUUAACCAAUUCAUGACUGAAACUAGAGCAUCCAUAAGAAGUUUGGAGACUCAAAUAGGAAGAGUCAGUCGGAAGAAGAAGUUGGAUGAUGAAAAGGUUACUGAAGACCUUAAGGAAGAAGAGGAGACCCUACCUGUAACUAUUGAGCAUCAUGUUAGAGUUCCAUAUCCACAAAGACUUCGCAAGCAUAAUUUGGAUAAGCAGUUUGCAAAGUUUUUAGAGGUGUUCAAGAAGCUACAUAUAAAUAUACCAUUUGUGGAAGCAUUAGAACAGAUGCCAAGCUAUGUAAAGUUUAUGAAGGAGAUUCUCUCUAAUAAGAGAAAGAUGGGUGAUUACGAAAUAGUGGCGUUAACAGAAGAAUGUAGUGCGAUUUUGCAAAGAAAGCUUCCUCAAAAGUUACGAGAUCCUAGGAGUUUUACCAUUCCAUGCACUAUUGGGGAGUUUGAAUGUAAGCAUGCACUUUGUGAUUUGGGGGUGAGUAUUAAUUUAAUGUCGUUGUCGGUAUUCCGUAGGCUUGGUUUUGGGGAAGCUAGGCCAACCACAGUAACAUUACAGCUGGCUGAUAGAUCUGUGAAGCAUCCACGUGGUAUUAUAAAAGAUGUAUUGGUAAAGGUGGAUAAGUUUAUCUUUCCAGCUGAUUUUAUAGUUCUUGAUAUGGAGGAGGAUGAGAAUGUUCCUAUUAUUUUUGGGAGAACAUUUUUAGCAACUGGGCAAGCAUUGAUAGAUGUGCAAAAGGGAGAGUUGAAGAUGAGAGUUCAAGGGGAGGAAGUAGUAUUUAACGUGCUUAAGGCUAUGACUUACAGCAAGUGA